AUGGCGGAGGAUGGUAUUCCAAUGAUGGAUAUUAUUGGGAUAUUGGGGUCUGGAGGUGAUUACCAUGCCAGUAAACUCUUGCAGUCUAUUCAACAAGGAUACAUGGAAGAACAUGGAGGCAUAGACUUCUUUAUAGGUGUUUCAUUGUUAGCAUUCUCAUCAAACUUCUUGUCGUCAUUUACUCUCCUAUAA